GCCUCAGUACAUGGAAGUUUUGUGCACGACCGUGGACGCAUCUGCAGGCUCAACUCAGUCAGAUGAGAUAGUAGGAUCAACCAUUUAUAAUAUUGUGUAUUAGAUUAGCGUCCAUAAACCACCAGAAAACUGCUGGAUCUUUGAACCUCAAAGAUUAAUUAACUAUUAACCAUGACUUCUCUGCUGGGCCUCGCUGUAUUGGCAGUAACUCUGUCAGGAUCCCUGGCAUUUGUCCCAAUUGGAGGAGGGGCCUCCACUCAUGUCUCCAUCACUGGGGCUGCCCUGCUGCAGAAAGUACAGGAGACAUGCAAAGCAGUGGCGAACGACAACGGUUACGACUUCAACCCUACGGGUAACUCUCCUGAGGAGAUAGUACAGGCCUGUCUGGGUCCUACUGCCACAGGUGAUGUGUCUGGGGCCAAGUUUCACUCAGCUCUCCAGGAAAUCUACAUGCAAAACGGCUUAGUCGACCGAGACUUUGUCAAUAGUGCCCCCCAUCACUUCAACUCCGAGGCAUUCCUUGAGGGGAGGGGUCUGAUCACAGAGGGAGUCUUGGCCAUAAAAGCGAAUGUUCGAAAUGAGAACUUCCAGGCUGCCAGGCUGGCUUUGGGCAAGGUCCUUCACACUCUACAGGACUUCUACAGCCACAGUAACUGGGUGGAGCUGGGUCAUAAAGAGCCAUAUCUCAAUCUCAUUCGACAAGAUCUUCCUAUAGAAAACAUAGCAGAUAUGAACACUCCUACCUGCAGAGACUGUGCCAGUGGCAGUUGUGGCAAUCCAAUCCUUUCCAACAUCCUGAACGAGGGGAAGCUGACAUCUGGAUAUAUGGGACUCUUCUCAGACAAAAAACCCUCUGGUAAAUGUAGUCAUGGUGGGCUAUCAGACCUGACCAGCCUUGUAGUUCCUCGUGGGGGCAUUCACAAAGACGAGCGACGCCCUGACAACAAGGAAUACCAUGACACAGCGGUGAAGAUUGCCACAGCAGCAACACUACAACUGCUGGAGGACAUCCGCCUGGCCGCUGGUAACAAUGACUUCCUGAGAAUGUUGGGCAUUGCUCGUUCUUCUGUUGUGUGCUUUGUCAUUGACACAACUGGCAGCAUGUCAGAUGAUAUUGAAGAGGCUCGAAAGGUCGUAUAUGAAAUCAUUGACAGCAAAAAGGGAACGCAGGAUGAACCAUCUGAGUAUAUUUUGGUGCCUUUCAAUGACCCUGCAUUUGGACCAGUUACCAAGACAUCAAAUCCUGAGAUCAUGAAACAAGAAAUUUCAAAACUUAGUGCAAAUGGAGGCGGUGAUCACCCCGAGAUGUGCUACUCUGGUAUUCAGCUGGCCUUGACAACUGCCCCUUCAUACUCUAACAUAUACGUUUUCACUGAUGCUUCAGCCAAAGAUGCCAACCUCAAAGACACACUUGUUGCUCUCAUUCGUGCAACCAAGUCAACGGUCAACUUUUUCAUGACAGGGUCUAGCAGACGACGUCGCUCAACAGGAGGAGAAUUCAAUGACUACAAAGACCUGGCUCUGGCUUCAGGAGGACAGGCCAUUCAAGUGACCAAGGGCGAGCUACCACAGGCCACUCCUAUCAUCCUGGACACAUCCACCUCUGCUCUUGUGACCAUUCUCCAACAAGAAAGAAAUCCUGGAAAGCCAGACACAUUCUCAUUCAGUGUGGAUGACUCCCUGAAAAACAUCACCAUCUACAUUACUGGGACAUCUCUUAGUUUUACACUGACAAAUCCUGCUGGUGUGACCCAAAGUAGCAGCCAAACCAGUGGUGCCCUGGCCACCAUUAAAACAGUUGGAAAUCUUUGGCGCAGUAGUUUAAAUGCUGACAGAACUGCAGGAAUCUGGCAGAUCAGCAUCACAUCCACGAGCCCAUACACAGUCAAAGUCACUGGUCAGAGUACCAUUGCCUUCAUCUAUGAUUUUGUGGAAAAAUUUGAAGGGCCUCACGCAGGAUAUGCUGUACUAACAGGACGCCCACAAGAAGGUCAGCCCACCAACCUGAUGCUGCCUGUGAUGGGUAGAGAAGGCCCCAGUUCUCUGAAAAUAAAACAAGUCAGUCUAAUCUCAGUGUCCAGCUCUGGCUCUACUAAUGCUACAAUCUCUGACAUGGGGAACGGAGGGAUCCUGGCCACUGUCCCUAACCUGCCCGGAGGAGAGUUUGUGAUUCUUCUGACAGGAACAGAUACAGUUUCAAACACGGAGUUUCAGCGGCAAUCCACCACUCUGAUGUCUAUCUCUAAAGUCAACAUUCAGGCAACUGUAUCCAACAGUGUGGAGCCAGGUAAACAAUUCACACUGCCCUUCAGUGUCUUUACAAAUGGUCCUGGUGGACAAUACAAAAUUAAUGCUCGAAAUGACAGAAACUUCCCAAUGAACUUCCCCCAAAGUCUCAACUUGACUCCAGGAAAAUACACCAACGCCACAUUGACCAUAACGCCCCCUGCUGGCACAGCCUCAGGCACAGACGUCACCUUGACAAUAGAUGCAUCUCUUGGCUCUGACUCCAAUUACGUUGUUCUGAGACUCUCUGUUCUUGAAAAGAUUACAGAUUUCUACCCACCCAUGUGUAAAAUCAUCAGCAUACAGGAGGAUUGUCCCCGGGAUGAGUCCCAGUGCCACAGCUCUGUGUGGGAACUCACCGCGAACCUCACCGACGGAAACGGCACCGGCAUCGAGAGCGUGAGCCUGCAGAAGGGCCAAGGGACACUCUCCCAGCUCAUCCACGGAGAUCCUGCUCAGUACAGAUACAACGCCACCUGCUGUUCACAAGUGGUAUGGAUCGUAGCUGUUGAUAAAAUUGGAAAUGUUGGAAAGUGUGUCCACUCCAUCGAGCACAGCGCAAGUGCUCCUGCUGAGAAACUGUCUGUUCUGCUGAUGUUGUCGCUUCUGUUUUCAGUCUUUAUUGUUAGGCCAAAUUAAUACUUUUCAGCAUUAAAUGCACAGACUAUGUAAAGGUUUAGAAGCAAGACUGUGGAUCAA